AUGGGGGGGCGCCCCAACACCCCCCCAAGGACCCCUUCUGCUCAGGACUCGGCGCCCUCCCCACAGACACUCCACGCCCUCUCAGGGCCCCCAGCCCGGCCCUGUGGGGGGGGGCUGCUGCUGCUGCUGCUGGGAGACCCCCCCACCGGGAGACCCCCACCCCCCUCCUCCUCUUCGGCCUUGCUGACUGACAAGCCGGGGGGCCCCUCGGCCUUCCCCACGGACACGGAGAGGUCAGCCCCUCGGAGUGAGGGGGGUCAUGAAGAGGGGGCAGCGGGGCCCGGGGACCCACCCGCUCCAUGGGGAGAGCAACGCCCCUGCGAGGCUGGCCAGCAGCCCCGCCCUCCGCGCCAGCGUCGGGGCGACCCCAGGAGAGGCGGCCUGGCGGGGCUCGGCUCGGUCCUCGCCCUGCUCAGGCCUCUGCCCCGGCCCGCUUGCAGCAGGAGCCCUGAGGGGGGGGGGAGGAGGAGGAGGAGGAGGGACCAGCCCCCGCCCUGCGCGCGCGCUCGGGGGUCACUCUGUGGCGGGGAGGGGGCUGCCCCCCCCGUGGGGCGCCUCCUGCCCCCCCCCCCCGGCGGCCUCCUCCUCCUGCCCUCUUUCCCGCCCUGCUGCUGCUGCCGCCGCCCGGACGACACGCGGCCCCGGCGACGGGGGCCGGGCUGGGGGGCCUCUUCCCUCCUCCGGCCGCAGGGGGCGCUCUUCUGCUGGGGCGGAGGCUGGCCGGGGAGGGGGCCCCUGAGCAUGUGCAGAGAGCCGGCGGCGGGAGGAGGAGCCGGAAGGAGGAGAACGAAGGAGAAGCGCCCGGCCGGGCCCGGAGGAGGCGGAGGGGCGCGGCCGGCGGGAGGGACGGUCGCCAGCCAUUUGCUGAGCGACUCCAUGGCAUGCUGGUGGCCCUCCUCUCUGGUGCUGAGGCAGGACUGCAAGGGAACGCGGACAAGGAGGACAAGGACGGAAGCUCCUGUGAGCCCGGCGAAAGGAAGGUCCCUUGGGCUGGAGGUAGUCAAGUCACAGAGUGGAGCCUGCGAGUGGAGGCAGCCAGAUGCAAGAGGCGCUGCCAGGUCAACAUUCAUUUGGUCAGAGCACCGCGAGAGCAACGGCCCACCCCCCACGGGCAGAGGGACCAGCAAGCCCUGCCGUGCGGCCUGCCCAGCGCUCCAGCUCCAAGCAGAGGCGGCGGCUGCUGCUAACACAGAGGGAAACGGUCUCACCCAGGGACCCAUCAGUGGGCCCGCCUCUGCCCCUCGCACACAGCUCCCGCUGCUAAAGCAGGCAGGCACAAUGCAUCCCUUGGGAAUCAAGUCACCGCUGGAAGAGGGGUGGGGAAGGCCCCCCCGCGAGACGCAUCUGGCCACGGAUCGGAGUAUUCAGAAGCCAGCCCUGACCGAACAGCUGAGAAACACAAUCGAAAACAGUAUGGCUCAACCGUCAGUUUGUGCAACGCAAGUUUCCCUGACGAAUGCGCACAAGCCAAAAGGGAACUCAUCAUCCCAGUAUGGUGGACAGGUUUUUUGCAAAAAUUAAAAUAAAAGCAACCGUCUGGCAGGCA